CUAGACGGAAAAGCAUCGCGCGAUCGCCACUGCUCCCCCCAGAGCCAGUCAGCCAGCCAGCCAGCGGCGCACGAAGGAACGCACGGUGCACUUCCGUUCCGUCUCAUCGUCAUCAGCUAUGCAUCGCCCGCGCAGCCAUCGUCUCUGCCGCUCGCGCGUCGCCGCAGCUGUUUCCGCCGCCAUCAUCAUCGGUCUAGGCGCGGCGGGCGUCGGCGAAGCGGCCACCGGCACGUUCAUCUACGCCGGCUGCUCGCCGUCCAAGUACCAGCCGGGCACCCCCUUCGAGGCCAACCUGGAGUCGCUCCUGGCCUCCAUGGCCGGCGCGGCGCCCAAGGCCGGGUACAGCAGCUUCACGGCGGGUGCCGGCGGCGUUGGCAACGGCACGACGGCGUACGGGCUGUACCAGUGCCGCGGGGACCUGGCGGGGGCCGACUGCGCGGCGUGCGUGCGGGACGCGCUGGGCCAGCUGGGCCAGGUGUGCGCGGCGGCGUACGCGGCGUCGCUGCAGCUGGAGGGCUGCUACGUGCGGUACGACGGCACCGACUUCCUGGGCACGCCCGACGCCGCCAUGGUGUACCGCAAGUGCAGCACCAGCAGCAGCAGCGACGGCGAGUUCCUCAGGGACCGGGACGCCGUGCUCGCCGGGGACCUGCUGCAGGGCGGCGCGGCCAAUAAUGGUAGUAGUAACGGGUACAAGGCGGGCAGCUCCGGAAGCGUGCAGGGCGUGGCGCAGUGCCUCGGCGACCUCGCGGCGCCCGACUGCGCGGCGUGCCUGGCGCAGGCGGUCGGCCAGCUCAAGGGCACGUGCGGCACCGCCCUGGCCGCCGACGUCUACCUGGCGCAGUGCUACGUCAGGUACUGGGCCGACGGCUACUACUUCCGCCCCACACAAGAUUAUUCGCAGGACGACGUCGGGAGGACUGUGGCCAUAAUCGUCGGAAUCUUAGCAGGGCUGGCGAUCUUCGUGGUGUUCAUCUCGUUCCUCAGAAAAGCAUGCUAGCUUGGCCACUGGAAACGGCGGGCUUCCACAUUCCCUCUCAGACGGUGGCACGAGGACGGCAUAGGGGAGAAGGAGGGAUCGGGAACGAGAUUGGCCUGCAUGCAAAAUGCUUCACAAAGCACAUGUAGUCUGGUUUUGUUAGCAAUAGAUUUGGGCUAUCGAUCAGAGGAGCACUACCUUGAUUUGGGUCAUCAUUUUCGGUCCACUGAUUAUGGCCUACUUGCGAUCACCCAUCGCAACAGCAUUCACAUCUGAUCUUUUAAUCAUUUCGGUACUUGGAUGAAGAUCAGAGUUGAGUUGGUAUUACUACUUUACAUAGGCACGAGCACAAGUGCAUGAUAUGUACAACCGUCGAUGGGUCCACAGUCCCCAGAUGAUACGAGCUCGCUCACAGGGACAUGGGGCAGCAGACCUCGGGGGGCUUUGCUAUUUGAUCUUUACCAUCAAGCACUGUGUCCCCGAGCCAUCGGGCUCCACCUCGCCGAGUUGUAGCUGCUGCAAGCGCUGAUGCUCGACUCCCUCAUUUUCAUCUCAGAUAUACCACUGUUGCAGAUGUUUGCAAACGCUCUCAUGUACUUCAUGCCGUACUGAGUAAGUGAACCACACUGGGACUCGAAAAUCCGCACCUAAGCAAAAGCCACCAAGUGAAAUGAGUUAGGCAGCGCACUGACAGGAUGGGAAUGUGCGCACAGCAGUAAGGAGCUUCAUUUUCAUGUGCAUGCCUUGUAUCAAGAGUCGAAUAAGAAAAAUCACCAUACUCACC